AUGGCCGAAGUCAGCGAGGAGAAGGACCGAGAAAGUCGCCCCGAGAAGAAGAGCUUCUGGGGCAGCAUCUUCAGGAACAGGAGCAUGGCGAGGAAAGGGAGACUGGAAAAACCAGAAUCGCGCAGAGCAAGCGAUGGAGAUGUCAUUCCCCGGAGGCGUCGGUCCCUGCCCGACAUGUCCGGCGGCACCAGAACCGUCGAGUCUCCCAACGGCCACACACCUCAACCCAAUUCACGUCGCAGGCCCAAGAGACCCGACCCGGCCAGGGCGAAGGGCAAAGGUCGCGCGCAUCCAAACGGGCAGGUUUUGAACCAGGGACCUCUGACCGAGUGGCCACCAUCCGGCAUGUCGAGUGAAGAGGAGCUCACCCUUGGCGACGCUGUCGCGCUCGUGUCCCGCGGGGUGCCGGCUCACAAGGGGCACAAGCGACCCGUUCCGCACGCAUCAGAUCACUACUACGCCCUUUUCACGACAUCUUCAAACGGUAGCAAAACAGAAGAAUCCGACUCUGCCAAUCUCCACGACUCCAUGACCCAGCUCAUGACCCUCCGAAUGCAGGGCCCCGGAUUGGCCGACUACCCCUGGGAGACGCUGGAACAGCCCAGCUACUCCUUCUUCCACGGCCAACGCCCCGGCACAAUCACCCUGAACCAAUGGGCGUCCAUGGCCAGCGUGCUGCCUCCGACUAUCGCCUUGAGAGAUUCGGGUGUGACGGCCCGCGAAGUUGACUUGAGUCACAUUUUCAGGCGUCUCAAAGAGUUGGAGUCGGGAUUGGAGGACGACGACGAGGAGAUGAUGUACAAAAGCUUAUAUCGCCGGUUUCUUCGCGAUCCCGACAAGCUUGUGAACCCACACAAGACACUCGACAAGCAGAUUACUGAUCUGAUCAUGGUGCUGACACGGCCAGACUGGAUCGAUUUCACAAACCCAAAAAACCAAGUCGUUACCCGGUUCAUCUUCGACCCGAGCCACGCCAGCCAAGCGCAGUAUAUCAAGUUCUGCCACCAGCUGCUUCUCAGCAUGGAGCUUGACCUACGCAUCAGCUCCCGAAUGCAUGGCGACUGGGCGAAGGACAAGCUGGUGCCGCAACUCCCGCCGACGAUUCAAUGGAACCUCGCCCUGGCAAGACGAUGGCGAGAGCACGUCAGGGUGGAAGGCUAUGGGAAGACGGUGGAUCAGAUCAGCCUGAGGUUCAGACUGAAGAAGCGGCAAAUCAAGAUGCUACGACGGUUUGCGCAGAUGAUGAAAUGGCCAAACCUGGGCCAGACUCUCGACAACAUGAAGCAGCGAGAUAUCGAGGCAAGCCUCGACAUCAUCAGCUCGGAUGCUUUGGCCUUCUUCAGUGGCCUCGUCCUCCCGGGUGCCACAUUCCCGUUCCUCAUCAUGAACACCCUCAUAGACAUCGAUCCCGACAAAGCAACCGACUCUCUGGCUCUACUCACUCACGCCCAUCCACAUUGCGGGUUUCAGUAUAGGAACAGUUACACGUACUGGACUGCCGCCUCCAUAGUCGGCAAGGUCCUCGCUCCGACGUGCCGGUCUUUGGCGGGUUGGGUCGGGCCUGCUCGCCCGACUGCGGACCUUGGCCGUUCCCAGAUUGCGCGAGUGCGAUCCCGUCGGCCGCGUCAGCGGAUGACUCCGGAAGACGUACAGUCCAUGAGCGAACGAUCUGACCCCCUCGGACCGCCUGCCGAAGUCUUCCCCGUCAAGGAGUACAAACUUGUUGCCCCGGAAAUCGACGACGUGAUCGAUACGGUGCGAAUCGAGUUGCUCAGCUUCAAGGCUAUUCCAGACCGUUUCCAGGAACCGCCGCCGGCGCCGAAAGUGUACGACGCCAUGAUCCAGUUCGCCAUCGAUGGGGUUUCCUGGCCGAUGCGUCUCACAUACGACGUAUCCUUUAUCUCUGCGUGGCCCUGUUCUGAGGGUCCCCAUCCGCUGUUCUUUGAUUACGUUCACCAAACCGUACGAGCCGACGAGAUUAUGAGCAUCAAGGACUGGGGUGGCUUAUACGGUCACUCACAGAGCGCGCGCAGUUCUCGAACUAGCUCUACGGGAGGGCCCCACACGGCGACGAGCCAAGAGCAGAUUGACGAGGAGCAAGUCUUGGUGGUGGAAGCGUUUGGAGUCAGGGACAAUGAAGUAUUGGCAAGGGCUUGGUGUUCACAUUGGGGCCUCAGUGCCGUUGUUGCAGACCUUCGAAAGACGUGCAUGGCUUGCGCGAUUCGCGAGGCAUACGCCGCUACUUUGACAGUCGUAAUACUGGUGGAUAGCCAAGAAUACGACGACGAUGAUUGA